AUGUCUUUCUCGUUGAAAGGGAGGUUCAAUACAAAUCAGACUGGGGUACAGGAUGCUUCGAAUACGCAGCAGUCGAAAUUGGAUAGGCGGCGAAGUGUCUCAGGUGCUUUGACCCCCGGGCAAGGGCCGAGCUCCUCGGCGGCCUCGUCUGCGACAUUAAGCUCGCCAUCCUCAAAAUUAGACUUGUCAAAUGUCAAGUCCUUCUCCAAGUCGCGUGGUCCGAUGAAGAUCUCGCCACUUAAUAUGCAGCUGCAAAGCUCGAAAAUGUCAGGACCUCGUACACCAAUGACGGCUACGCUGGACUCGCCCAUUGGUGUGCCAGGGAACGUAAUUAUGCCUUCUUCUUAUGCAUCGUUUGGGUGGACACCCACAGAAUGGUCUCGUUGGGGUACAGACAAAGGUCGCUCCAUCCACUUGGGUAAGAAGAAGUCGGUGUUGCUUGGAAUGGAGAACUUUGGCAAUACUUGUUAUGCCAAUUCGGUUCUUCAGGCUUUGUAUCAUUGCAGACCAUUCCGUGACGCAAUGAUGGAGCCAGAAGAAGAUUCAGCAGAGCAGAUGCCUCCAGUGUCGACACCAAGUGCACACUCCAUGCAGCAUGCCUUGACAAAUUUGUUCCAUUCAAUGGCAUUGACGGCGUCUAGCUUAGCAUCCAACCCGCGGAAUGGGCAUAUCAAGAAGUUUCAUAUGCCUUUGGAGGGCCGCACUGCAGCCAUCAUUGGCGAUAGUGUGGAACGUAAAGCUCUUGAGUCUUUCUUGGGUUCCUUGCGGAACAGCAGCAACUUGUUUGACUGUACCAUGCACCAUGACGCGCAUGAAUUUUUAAAUUUCUUGCUUAAUCAAGUGGGCGAAGAUCUGGAGAAAAAGCAGUCCAAGAAACAGAGGAAGCAGUCGGUGACAUCCCCGACAGGUGAUAUGAACAAGACCUUUGUUAACCGACUUUUCCAAGGUGUGCUGACCAACGAGACGCGCUGCCUGUCGUGUGAGACUAUCACUAGUCGGGACGAGGAGUUCCUGGAUUUGUCCAUCAAUGUUGCUCCCUACACGUCUGUAUCAUCGUGUCUGCGACUCUUCUCUGAAAGCGAGAUGCUCGCCGGGCGAAAUAAGUUCUUCUGUGACACUUGCUCCAGCUUACAGGAGGCAGAAAAGCGCAUGAAAAUCAAGUCGUCGCCUAGUAUUCUAGCUUUGCACUUGAAACGUUUCCGCUACGACGAAAACAUUAACGCCUAUAUCAAACACGCAUGCCGAGUGGUGUUCCCACUAGACCUCCGUUUGUUUAACUCGUCAGAUGAAAGCAAUCACCCUGACCGUCUGUAUGAGUUAGUGGGUAUUGUGAUUCAUGUGGGCUCGGGUGUGCAUCAAGGACACUAUGUGUCGAUUGUAAAGAUUGGCUCGCGUUGGGCCUUGUUUGACGAUGAAGAAGUGCAAUUCAUUCCCGAAUCAGACAUUUCCAAGUACUAUGGCGAUGCACCAGAAAUUGGGAGUGCCUAUGUCCUUUUCUACCAGACAGUGUCAAAGGACAGGACGGAGCGUGAUCGCCAAGAGAUGACGACACCAGGUACACCUCAAUCGGAUAUGUCGUCGUCUGCGACGUCUGCCAACUUCCGCAAAGCGGCUACCAUGGCGCGAGCAACUUCGGCCUCGUACAGUGUAAUUUCGUCGUCGCCUUUGUCGCCACGACACAGCUCAUUCCAUCCUCCUACAACCAAAGCUGCAGUUAGCGGAAUGACGUCGCCUUCUUCGCUUAGCAAACCUGUGUCACCGCCGGCGACAAACGAGGCGUCCGUAACUAUGAUGGAUUUGAAACCCACAGCAGAGCCUGUGGCAUCUUUACUUUCAAAGAAUCAAGAGCAUGCGCCACCCAUUGUUCACAGCGUAUCCGUGAAAGAGCCCCUCUCCUUGUCUUCAAUGGCCGAAACAACUUCCUCCGUGCCCACACCUGCGAUUGCACCUGCUCCCUCACCCACAGUGACAGCCCGUGAGCCACUAGUGUCUGGGGCACCACCUUCGACGGUGAAGCUGUAUGAACCAGUCACGGGUCUUGGCCCACCGACCACAAAGGCAGGCACCGAGCCUUCCGAAAAGACCCAUUUACCUACUUCUCGGCUAGAAAACAAAGCCGGACCAGAGCCGGUUCCCGGGGGAGGUUCUAGUACGCUGAUCAGAGAACCAAAGACGACCGCUUCGCCGCCAUCCUCGAACGUGGAGACGAUGAUGGUUCCAGUGGGUCCUACCCCUUCAGCUCCAGAGCCCAAAAUUCCCGCGGCAGUCCCCGCAGCUCUUUUAGGCCCAGCCUCGGAUAUGUCACAAUCGACAAGGGAUAAGCCUGUUUCUGCUCAACCAGCUAGCCGCGACAGUGAGCUGGAUGUUGUCACAGUUGGUCCACCGCAAACCAAGGACGCCGAAGAACCAGCUAAGAGAAAUUCAGUAACACAGCCAUCGCCGUCGCUCUAUCGAUCUGGCUCUACGACGAAUUUAGUGCCAACGGUGUUGCCCUGGUCGCAAGACACGACGGCUUCAUCUACGUUGACGCAGACGCCCCAGGCAUCCUCAGCGAUAAAUAAGGUGCCGCAGCCAAGUCAACAUGAACUAACUCUUCCUUCUCCUAUGUUGACCGAGCCACAAGUAAAGCCAGCUAUCUCUCUAACUAAUGCUACGAACGGGUCCGAGGAAAAUGCUACUUCCAGCUUGGUCUCGCAACGCCGUCCGAUGUCCAUGUUUGGUUCCAUGCCGAUCCGAAUCUCAGGCCAAUCCAGUUUAUCGACAUCUCCUGGUGAGAAUGUGUUGUCUGCGUCACCAACCUCUCCACAGAGCAUGUCGCCAGCAAACCAGCUAAACUUGCCGACGCCACCCAUGACGCCGAUGAAUGCAGUUCACCCUAUGACCACUAUUUCUGGCUCUCAGGAUGACGUCGCUAUGCGCCAGGAGCCCCCGCUUAGGCCGCGUCGCUCUUUGAUGCGCCAAUCUAUGGCUUUUUCGCCCUCUAUGACUAUCGGCUGCGACUUUGACGGAACCCAAGGCACCAUCGCAUGA